CUGAUGUGUAACCUCGGCCGUUUGAGCAACUUGGGGACAUCCAGUCUGUAAGUCUCGCUAUGCUUUAUAAUGCUUUAUUAUCACUAACGGCACUUAUGUUUUGUCUCAGCCUUUUCCUCCUGCACAGAGCCAGUGUUUUAGAAAAUGAUUUUCGCAACCUCCAAGGGGACGUAAUUCUACAAUUAAAUCAGCCACGUUCUGAGGGAGUCAAUGGGAAACGGGCCAAGAUGUCUAAAACAAGGGAGGACAUAAAGCCAAGUGUUUUCCAAAAAGCUCAGAGUUCUGUGAAGAUAUCUUCUCGGAGAGUAAAAAGGGAACAGAGCAGCUGCAGAGCUCCAACAUCAUUUCUGCAGUUAAGAGCUAAGACUAACAAACAGCCAGUCUUAAAAGGAAAUAUAACAGCGAUCCCUUGGACUGUUUCUCUGCAGCAAGGAAAUACGAUUUCACUAAAGGAAAACAGGAUUGUUGUCCAAGACGAUGGUUAUUACUUGGUGUUUGGACAAGUCUUGUUUGAGACUCCGAAUGAAGUUAUGGGCUAUAUCAUUCAGAGCUGGGGAUCCAUUCAAGCGGGGCCGAGAACAGAGCUCUUGUGCUGCCUGCAAGACAUGCCCGACGAAGAUCCCGCCAACACGUGCUACACUGCAGGCACAGUGCGUCUGUUUCAAAACGAGGAGCUGGAGCUCGUGAUCCCGAACAGGCCCUCCGUCCUCAUCUCUUUGGACUCGGAGUCGACGUUUUUUGGUGUCAUACAGCUCAACUGAUAGGAGGCAGAACGAGGAUGAUGAGCGAGCGGCUCAUUGCUGCAAGAAGCUGAAAGUGACUCUGACUCGUGUGAGGAGAGGCUGAUAAAGGACUGAGCGGCAGCAGCAGGAAAAGCUGCUGGGGCUUGUUAUUAACCUCAGGAAAGUGUCUCAUUAACUUUUUAAAAUUAACUGUUUGUAUCAUCUGUCAUUUUUUCCCCCAAUCAUGGAGCUUUUAAAUCUUUAAACCUAUCACUAAGGUAGUGUUCCUAAACCGCCAACCUCUCAUCUAUUUUUUGCUCUGUACACCUCGCCAGGAGCUUCCCUCCUGCUCCACCUCCACUCUGUCUGCUUAUUUGUUCCUCUCAUCUAUUUUAGAGUGGUUUCCGGUUUCCAGAGUGUUGGUCAGGAACAAACACAGCCAUGAAUUUAUAUCACUCAGUAGGUGUUGUCUUUGUCCGCGGCGCUGUUGAUUGCAUCCU